CGUCUGAAAUUAUACGAGGACGAGGCGUGUAUUUAAAGUAAGGUCUCCAAGGCCAUUGCAUCGCCGCAAGUAGCUCUAGAUGAAAUCUGGCAACACUGUUGUAUACGUUAGGACGCUCAGUCUUGACAUAGCCAUUUGCAAUGGAAGUGCCGGUUGUCGCUCUCGCCAGAUGCGAGUUACGUUCAGUCAUUUAGUUGGCCGAAAAACUCCAAGAUGUAUGCAGAAGAGACUCUAUUCAUUCAAUUUUGGUGAAUAACCUGCAAUACCGAAAAUUGUCAGCCAGGGUAUCGAAAUACCAAUCUAAGCCGUCAUUAGAAAUUGACCGUUUGAAUGAAAUGGAGGAAAAAUCAGAAGAAGAUAUUCCGUUUGUCGAACUUUUCGGGUUUGACAUAUCGCUGAAACCUGGCAAACCUAGGCCCUUGGAAAUGUGCAAACCUGAUUCGAACGAAGAUGGUAUUAAGCAGAAAUUGAUAUCUGAAUGGAUAUCUGCGAGUUGCGAAGAUCUUACUGCUUUAUCUGGUGUUCCCCUUGACACAUGGGAUUAUGACGAAGAAAUGAAGAAAAUUGAAACAAUCGAACGGUCACUCAACGAAGAUUUGGAUAGUAUUGAAUACUAUCCGGUGAAAAACUUCAAUCUCGAAAGUGAAAAUACUGAGUCUAGGUCCGUAGGAAAUGAGUUCAGUAUAAACAGUUAUGAGGCAUCUGGUGACUCCAAGGCUAUUCAAAAACAAGAAUUUCCGAAAGAAAAUAAAAAAAAGACGAAAAAACUCAGGAAAAAGGGAUUGAAGAAACGACAGAGUGUACCGUCGAUUGAUAAACAAGAUGUGGAUAUAAUCGAAUAUCCAGUAAAAAACAUUAUUUUGGAAGAAGAAGAUUCUAGAAAACUAGUCAUUGAAAGAAUUCGAGUGAAAAAAAUGUUCGAAGUGAGUUCCAGAAUGAAGAUGGUUGUGGUGGGAGUAAAUGAUCCGUACAGGUUUUGGAUCGCCACCAACUUCAUAGAAAUGAAGGAACUUAUGAAGGAAAUGCAGACAUUUUAUAGAAAUCAUUCUGUCGGAGAUGCAAUACCAGUGAAAUGUCUGCAGAAGAAUAUGUACUGUGUGGCUCUUUUAAAUGGAAUGUACUCAAGAGCUACCAUUGUAGAGUUGGAAAAAAAAUCUGAAUCGGUCAAACUAUUCUUCAUUGAUUUCGGGCAAGUCUCAGCUCAAAAACCAGAAAACAUUUUUCCUCUAACUGAGGAUUUCGUGAAGCUUCCGGCUCAAGCUGUGAGAGCUUCUAUCGAUGGUAUUCAGCCGCCAUACAAAGGCACCCUAUGGUCGGAUGAAGCGUGUCGGAUAUUCGAGAAUUCCCUAUUAUUAAAAGAAAUCAGAGCGGAAGUGGUGGAGCUGGAUGAAUACCAGAACGCUCUGAAAAUAAAAAUCUCAGCUCCAAUCAAUUCCGUUCUGGUAACGAAUGGACACGCCAUCUUCAAUAGGGUGCCCCAGAAAGAUGUUGACGCCGCGGUUGAAACCAAAUUAAAAGAAAAGAUGAAAGAUAUACCAACUUUCCAUGAUCUGGAAAAUUGGAAAGUUCCAUGGAAUUUCGAAAGUUACUUAAAAAUUCCAAAAUAACUGUGGAUUUUGAUAGAAGCUCUCACAGGUUGAGCAGGAAGCUCCAUGAAAUCCUUCGUUAGAGGAAAAAUGUUUUCUGGUUGUUGCCCGAAAUCAAUGAAGAAUAGUUUGACCGUAUCGGAUUUUUUUUCAAGUGUACAAUGGUAUAAUUGAAAAAAUUGAACUGGUAUUGGAUUUUUGAAUGAUUUUUAUAAAAUUCCUGCAUGUCAUCCAUAAGUUCCUUCAUUUCUUUGAAGUUGGUGGAAAUCCGAAGCCUCUACGGAUCAUUGACACCUACCACAACCAUCUUCACUUUCGAACCUACGUCGAAGAUAUUCUUCACUUGAAUUCUGCUAAUCAGUUGUUUUCUGGAAUUUGUUAGGAGAAAACCAAAAUCUGUAUGGAUCAUUGAUGCAGAAACGUGCUGGGAGAUAUCAACAUCGUAAUGAACAAGGAACAAAAAAUUCAUAGCAUUCCAACUCAUUGAGAAGACCAUGAUUGAUCGAUAUCCAUGGAAGAAUAAAUGAUUAAAUUGCACGGAAGAUAAAUAUGAAUAUAUUACCGAUUAUAAAUAUUGGAGAAACAAUUUAUCUUACUUGAAUUAUUUUUUCAAACAAGUUAUUAAUUUUUGUUAUGAUUUUACUAUUUGAAAAUAUUAAACUUUUGAUU